AUGUACAAAUUUCAGUAAUUAAGAUUUCAGAGCACUAGUCUCAGUCUUUACUUAACAACCCUCAUAUUGUUUCUUUUCAUGGCUUUGACGGGCAUUUUUAAAGAAACCUCUGAAUUGUUCUACACGGAUUCUGGUUACACAAGCCUGAGAGCCGCCAUGUUUCUGUAAAUAUAGGGAAUAAAGCAGUCUUACAAUCACAGGCUCAGAAACAUGUGCAAAUGCUUUUUUUUUAUGAAUGCAUGUUUGCUCUUUGAAUUUCUUUGAAUUACAUUCUCAAUGGGCUGUUUUAUCACUGAAUAUUCACAUUGUGUUGUCGAUGUCCUGCAUAUUCAUUGUAACAAGUUGUGAUAUUUUUAUAAAUGCCAAGGUUUGAUGCAAGAACAUUGCAAAAUUGGCAUAGAUAUCAGUAAAAUAUUUCCAGUGUAAGUGAACUAUCUAGCUUUAGUAUGGCAAGUGUUUUUGAGUUACAGUGAAUAUAAAUAUUAUUGUGAGCUACUUGAUGCUUACUCCUUGUUGCUUCCUGCUUUGCUUUUUGCAUGUCAUUUCUCUCUCUUUAUCAUACCUGUGCUUUUUGGAAAUGAUGCAGUGAAUGUUUUGGAAUCAACGGGCCACCAGGUUUUAAAGCGAAGUGAUCACUUUAUGCACAUGUGAUUUUCUGUGACCCAUUGAAGCAGUUGCUGCCACAAGGUGCCUAGGAAAGAUGGUGCUCUGACGUUUGCUUUCUUGCUUUUAGGUGAUCUAUGCACUGAGUGCAGCAAGUGUUCCCUUCUCAUGCCUGAAAGAAUACCGUUCCAAUACCAAUAGGAUUCCUAUGGGCAUAGGAAUCCUGGUUUUUGUACCCUCUCCCUCAGCAUUAUGUUAUUGCUAGAGCACUGCCAUGUUUCACUGUGUGUGGAUUGUGGCACUUUCAAAUCUCCAGCUUGUGAAUCGUUUGUGUAAAGAGUUCUGAUAUUGUAGUGGUUGCAAACCAGAUCUUCAAGGUGAUAUUUAUGGUUUGUUGUAUGGUUGAUGCAGUCAAGGCUGAAUGUGAACUCACUGUGGACGUGAACGACGAAUAUCAUGGCCUGUGCGAGAUUGACUGCAUGGAAGUUGAGCUUUCUGACUGCUCCGGGAAUGUAAAAGUGGAGCCAGGACCUGAGACUCAGCUUGCAAACCAUGCUCACCUCAAGUCUGAGCCUUCUGAGACUGACUAUUCUGAGACGGCUAGUUCUCGGGACACAGUAGCUGCUAACACUGAAUGGUUCAGGAACGAGGGAAGCGAUCUUGAUACGAGCACAGAGGAGGACAGUCCCGUCAAGCCCGCUGCCAUGCCACCUCCACCGGCUAAGCGUGGCACGAAACGCGGCAGAAAGGUCACAAGGUUCAGCUGCACCCUGUGUCACUUUGUCACAAAACGGAAAGCAGGAAUGGUGCUUCACUUGAAGAAGCACAAGCGGGCUGCAUCUUUGCCACAAGCUGCACCAAGCCAGACAGAGGAAAGAAACGAGAGUGGGAAUGAUUCCAGUGAAGAUGAAAUGGCAAGCAAAGAUGUGGAUGCCAGUCCAAAUGCUACAGCCACUCCAGAGAAGAAUUUAGAGAAAAGCAAUGGCCAACGUGACCUGAGUGAAAACAGAACAACUGUGGACUCUGAAACAUCGAAGGAAACUGCACCAUUCCAAAGCCAGAAAGGAGACUGGAGUGAUGAAGACACUGGCUCAUUAACAUCUGCCUGUGGCAGCAAUGAAUCCCUGCACAGAGACGAGGAUAGGAAGUCGCCUCAAUCUGCACGACACAGUUACAAGUCGCGUGGGGAUCUAUGCACUGUCACUAUCAAAGAGCCGCUUCUGCUGAGAUGCCACGUGUGCCCAUUUACAACCAAGUACCAGGCAACGCUGUUUCUCCACAUCAAAGCACAUGCAAACAAUAAGGAGAAAACGCUUUUGAGUUGCCAGUUCUGCUCCUACACAACCAGAUUCAAGAAUGACCUGGUUAGCCACGCCAGGUCACACACGAGCAAAAGGCCAUCUACUGUGGGCACACGUGCAUAUGGCGAUAAGGGCAAUAUUGUUGCUCAUGUGCGUAUACGCGCUGCUGAUAUACCGUUAAAGUGCGAUAUCUGUCCACGUGAAUUCAAGCAGAAGCCACUGCUGAGGCAGCAUAUGCACAGCAAGCACGCUGGUUCUGAGAAAGUACAAACCCCCUGAACUCUGCAAUUUCAUACUAUUUCAUGUUUCUUUUAUAAUGCUAAUAGUCAGUUUGUCUUACUGUGCUCAUAUUGUGCUUCAUUAUGUGUAUAUGCUCCAUUACAUAUUGACACAAAGAUGUGGGGCUCCCGCACCGCAGAACGGCGCGCGCAAAGGUC